AUGGGUCUGAGCAUGGUGCCCCUCAAGCCCACUCUCUACGUAUUACCACUGCUGCUGGCAUUUCUUGUGUCUACUCUGGGCUGGGCCGGGUCUCAGUCCUGCAGUGUCCAGGAGGUACUCCGCCAUUACCAAGCUGUCAUCUUCCAGGACUUGCAGGCUGCCAUGCAGUGGGCUGGGCUGGGAGCCCAGCAUACAGAGCCUGGGUCCCGACACCACCACUUCGUUCAGAAAAACCUGACUGGAGCUGGUGGAGGUCAGGGACAACCAGGGGCCUCCUGUGAUGCCCAGAAGGAGCGUAGCAUCCUACUGUCUAUCGAGUCCCUGGGUCAGACCCUUCUUGGGAGCAUGGCCGGAGUUCCCCACAGUGCGUUAGAGAAAGCGGCAUGGACAGUGGCGGUGCGCACCAAGGCCGUGAUGCGCAGACACUGCCGGACAUCCACCAGGAUCCUGCAGCCCAAGAAGCGUCCAGUGCAGCAGCGGAGGCGGCUCCUGCUACGUGCCUUAUACGCUGUCGCCACCUGCUGGGAGAAGCUCUUUGCGCUGAGUGCCAUGACCACCAGAGAAUUCUAG